AUGUCGAAACAAUACUUGACCACGCAUACCGUGGAUAAUGCCCACAUCACCGACAUCUUCUCUAUUGCAACCACACCCAAAGCUGUGAUAUCAGGCAGUGGCUCUUCCACACUGCACAUUCACGACACCACUGAUCCUUCAUUCCCGCUCAAGCAGUCCAUUUCAGAUGCUCACAAGCUCGGAUGCCACCAUGUGUGCGCUUCACGGAACGGCAAUAUUGCCGCAAGUGCCGGUUUUGGAGGUGAAGUGAAGACUUGGAAGGUCAACAAUGACACUGGUGAAUGGAGUCUUAGUGGUGAGAUCGUAGGGGCUUCAUCGAAGCCUGGCGAGGCUUGGGCGUUGGCACUGAGUGAAGACGGUUCCUACCUUGCUACCACAACCAAUGACGGACGAAUCAACGUGUGGGAUAUUGUUGAUGAAAAGAAGCCCAAGAUUCGAGAGUACGAGACCGGAAGCGCUGGGUCAGGCAGCUUUGGCAUGUCUGUGGACUUGAGCCGGGAUGGCAAAUUUACUGCCAGCGGGCAUCAGAACGGAUCUGUCUACAUCUUCAACAACGACACAGGGCGAGUCUUGUAUUCGCUCUCUGGUCUUGCGAAGCCUGUGCGAUCAGUUGCCUUUUCUCCGGGCAACACGCGACUUGCUGCAGCAGGAGAUGCUGGCAUCAUCGCAAUUUACGACAUGAAGCACGGAGAGCAUAUCGGGAAUCUGACUGGCCACUCUUCAUGGAUUACGUCUCUCGACUGGAGCGACACUGGAGAAUACCUUUUGAGUGGAUCCAUGGAUGGAAAGGUCAAGGUCUGGUCGAUUGAACGCACUACCUGCGUCGCGACACACAGCGAGACGGACAAAGCCCUCUGGUCUGUGAAAUGGCUGCCAAAGACUGUCAGAAGUGAAAUGUUUUGCACGGCCGGUGCAAACAGAAGCCUCUCCUUCUACCGGGAGGCCACUGGCGGUUGA